AUGAGGAGGCAGAUAAAUUUGUCGGACUUUGGUAUCACCGAAGUCCGACCAAAAAGGGCCGUCACCGGGGCCUUCAUCAAUGAGAUCCUCGGUAAAAACAGCAAGGCCAGGCUUUAUGCCGCCAUGUCCACUUUGGCGGACGAAUUUGGGAUGAAAGGCCUUCGGAUCAAAGGCCUUGAUGACUCAAUCACCCCAGAUGAAAUGAGAGACGCUGUGGUAGCUAUUGGAAGUUGUCGGCCGACCAAAGUAAAGGUCGGCCAAGUUUACGCUUCCCCCAAUAAAUUAUUCACAGCAUGGGUCCAGUGUCCGAUUGCUGCGGCAAAGAAGGUCACGGACACUGGAUUCUUGAGAGUAGGGUAA